AUGAUUCAACCGUAUCAUCCUUUUGAAGUAGACAGCUUAGUUUUAAAACUCUCUGGAGACAUUGUGAUCGAGUUCAAGGAAGCCUACACAAAAGGCCUUCAGAAAUGCAUAGUCGACUAUGUAAGACAGAUAGAAGAAGAAAAAUUCGAUGUGCAAUUUGAAUGCAACCUGAUAAGUAGGGGAAAGUACCGUUCUUCAGGGAGUCUCUUCACAUUCCCUAUUAAUGGAGAAGGGCAGUCCACAAUCAAAACUAGAAGUUUGAAGAUACGCUGCGUUUUACACUUGUCAUCUGUGACAAAAGCAGACGGUAAAAAUUACGUGCAAAUUAAAAACAUAAAAACGACACAUACUUUUGGAGGUCGCGUUUUUUACAACAUGACAAACCUUAUCAAAGGAAACCCUGAAAUGAGUAGAACAGUUCUGGAUUUCAUGAAUCAGAAUUGGCAAAUAGUAGCAGAAGAGUUUGGAAGCCCAAUAAUCGAAUAUUGUAUCAAUUCUAUAAUGGAUAACCUAACAAAGUUAUUCAAUGCGGUUCCACUAUGUAACCUUCUUGUUACGUGAGCCUUAAUAUAGUAUUA